AUGGCAUCUGGGCAAGGACCCGGCCCUCCCAGGCAUGGGUGUGAAGGGCCUGCCCUGUCCUCCACUUUGGAGGAGCAGGUAGCCCCGGACACAGAGGAGGUUUUCUGCAACUACAUUUUUUAUCGCCAUCAGCAGGAGCAGGAAGCUGAGGGGUCAGCUGCUCCCACUGACCCAGAGAUGGUCACCUUGUCCCCAGAGCCUGCCAGCACCUUGGUGCAGGUGGGUCGGCAGCUUGCCAUCACCAGGGACAACAUCAACCAGUGCUACACCAUGCUGCAGCACCUGCAGCUGACACCAGAGAACGCCUACGAGUACUUCACCAAGAUUGCCUCCAGCCUGUUUGAGAGUGACAUCAACUGGGGCCAGGUGGUGGCUCUCCUGGGCUUCGGCUACUGCCUGGCCCUCUACACCUACCAGUGAGGCCUGACCCAUUUCCUGGGCCAGGUGACCAGCUUUGUGGUGGCAUCACUACGGUGCCCGGGUGGAUGGCGCAGAGGAGCGGCCCUGGACCUGGGCAAUGGCCCCAUCCGGAAAGUACUGAUAGUUCUGGCUGUGGUUCUGUUGGGCCAGUUUGUGGUACGAAGAUUUUUUAAGUCAUGACCCCAGGAAGGGUCCUUUGGGGUCCCAGCUGAGACGCCCGCCUGGACUUUGGCCAAGCCUUCUUCCCUCACCCGUCCCCUGCAGGGGUCCCCCCUCAAGGGUACAGAAGCUUUAGCAAGUGGCACUCCAGCUUUAAAGGGCCCCUGCUUGGGGUCGGUCAGGCUGCGGGGGCACCCCAACAUUGCAUGGUGCUAAUGGGCCCCCUCUCUGGGCUCAGCUCUCUCUGAUGGGCUUUAGGGAGGUUGAUAACUUGGGGAAGCAAGAAGCUAAGAGGCACAUUUCCCCAAGAAGUUUUUAAUGGUUUUAGCUUUUUAUAACACCCUUAGGACAC